GGGGACAAUAAUCCCAUUGAACCGGUGAACGUUAGAGGGCGGGACAUCCUAACGCUUGGUCUUGUCGAUGGUAUCUCAGAUGUGCUCCCAGUCGAUGGGGUAAUCGGGGGCGUUGCACAUGUGGAUCCAGAUGGCUUUCUGGCAACUCACGGAGCACACAUGAUUGUGAAUAUUGGUCUGGGUACACUCGUGGCUCGCGCCAGCGAGGCACAUGGAAAAGCCCGUCAGAAUGCACCUGUUGAAUGGCAUGUUGCCAACCCUAGCACCGAUGGUUUCCGGGGACUCGAGACGACGGCAGUUCAUAAGUUCCAACUCAGCGUGUGUCACAAGUUGUUUGAAGAACAUGUGAAGCUGGAGCCUGUUCGUAUGCCAUCUUUCCGCAAAUUGACCCUGGCUAAGGGCAUUGUUUCCACGGGCCCGGGUUGGUUUUGCCCUUACGUGUAUUCCACUCAUCGUCAACCUUUGGUGUCACGAAUCAAUGAGAUUUCCUUCGUUCAACUCCGCGGGCCAAUCAUUGCUGCUGAUCAGAUCCUAGCCUUUCAACUGGUCGGCUUUUUCAAAUCCAUAUUCGGACGCCUCAUCUCUUUUGGAAAUUCGUCGCCCACAUUUCAACCUCCCAAGACCCCUUCAACGUCUCGUGCGCUUGCGUGCAUCGCCGGAAUAUCAUCUUUCAGAGGCCUUUGGUCCCAAGGUCGAAGGCCCGACCAGUGCAAGAUGUGGUUCCACGUCAUGAAUGGAGUGCCUGGAAUAGCAAUUCCAGUGGUCGACUCAUCUCCACUCUUAGCUUGGCAUGGGAAGGACCUUGGCGAACUAGAGAUGAAAGACCUUGCUGAAGUCUUGGAGUACGUUUCGACGCUCUUGGACCCAGCAUACCAGAUCGACCCCUCUACGUUGGGCGCGGCGCUGGAGUGCAUGAUCGGAAAUGCAAUUGCGGGGAGGAAAGCAGCAAAGAAACUUAAUAGCGAUUUUGACCUUGAUCGCACUGGAAUCCUAGUGAUCAAAUAUGGUACAGCCGCAGUGACUGUUUGAUCGAUGUUUUAAGCUCAUCCUCGUAUCACUCGGUUUUCCGG